AUGUCUGCCGAAGACGUUGAUAACACCGUCCACUACGAGCAGCUCGACGACCUCGAGGAUGACUUUGACCAGGUCGAUCUUGAGAUCCUGCGUAUCCAGGACAAGAUGACCCGUGACCUCUUCGCCAAGCGUGAAAAGACCAUCUGUCAGAUCCCCAAUUUCUGGCCUCUCGUCUUUGAGCGCGCCCCUCCCGAGAUCGACGAGUAUAUCCAGCCCACCGACGCCGCCGUCAUUGCGUCUCUCAAGAGCCUCUCCGUCGAGCGCUUCGAGCUGCCCAACGGCCACCCGCGCAGCGUCUCCAUCAAGUUCGAGUUUGCCGAAAACGACUACUUUGAAAACACCACGCUCGAGAAGAAGUUCUGGUGGCGCCACGCCAAGGACGGCUGGGAGGGCAUGGUUUCGGAGCCCGUCGACAUCAACUGGAAGCCCAACAAGGACCUGACCAACGGGCUGCUCAGCCUCGCCAACAAGAUCCACCAAGAGGACAAGGCCGGCAAGCGCGAGGAGCAGACCCCGGCCAAGAAGGAGCUCAUCAAGAAGCUCGAGACCACCAGCCUCGACGCCGUCAGCUUCUUCAACUUUUUCGGUUUCCGCGGCCGCUUCAUCACCGAGGAGGAGAGCCGCGAGGCUGCCCGCGCCGAAGAGGAGAAGCGCAAGGCUCGCAAGGAGGGCAAGGAAGUCGACGAGGCCAAGCUCGAUGCGGACGAGGACGAGGACGAGGACGACGGCGAGUACGAGUUCGAAAUCUUCCCCAAUGCUGACGAUGUCGCCCUCACCAUUGCCGAGGACCUGUGGCCAGAGGCUAUCCGCUACUUCCGCGAGGGGGAGGAGCUGGCCGCCCUCAGCGAGAUGGACUUUGAGGAUGAGGAUGAGGAUGAAGAAAUGGCCGAGUGA